ACUCUAACUAGUUCUAGGGUUUCCUCUCAUUCAUUCUCUCCUUCAGCCUCUCCCUCCCAAAAAACACUAGACGCAGAGAAACAGAUUCACACACAAAAAUGGCAGAAACCCUAGUUCUGAGAGGAACAAUGAAAGCCCACACAGACUGGGUGACCGCAAUCGCAACCCCAAUCGACAACUCCGACAUGAUCGUCACAUCCUCUCGCGACAAAUCCCUCAUAGUCUGGCACCUCACCAAGGAAGACAGAGUCUACGGCCUCCCUCGCCGCCGCCUCACGGGUCACUCUCACUUCGUCGAAGACGUCGUCCUCUCUUCCGACGGCCAGUUCGCUCUCUCCGGCAGCUGGGACUCCGAGCUCCGCCUCUGGGACCUCUCCACCGGCAUCACUGCUCGCCGCUUCGUGGGCCACUCCAAAGACGUCCUCUCCGUCGCUUUCUCCUUCGAUAAUCGCCAAAUCGUCUCGGCUUCCCGAGACCGUUCGAUCAAGCUGUGGAACACUUUGGGUGAGUGUAAGUACACGAUUCAGGAUGGUGAUGCUCAUUCCGAUUGGGUCAGUUGUGUUCGAUUUAGCCCUAAUAAUCUUCAGCCUACGAUUGUGUCUUCGUCUUGGGAUCGGACUGUGAAGAUUUGGAAUUUGACGAAUUGUAAGAUUAGGGCUUCGCUUGCUGGGCAUUCUGGGUAUGUGAAUACGGUGGCCGUGUCGCCCGAUGGGUCGCUGUGUGCGAGUGGUGGGAAAGAUGGGGUUAUUUUGUUGUGGGAUUUGGCUGAGGGAAAGAAGCUUUACUCGCUCGAUUCGGGUUCGAUUAUUAAUGCUCUGUGCUUUAGCCCUAAUAGGUACUGGCUCUGUGCUGCUACUGAGGCGAGCAUUAAGAUUUGGGAUUUGGAGAGCAAGACCAUUGUUGUGGAUCUCAAGGUUGAUGCCAAGCAGGAGGCUGAAAUGAACGAAGGCGGCGCUGCCGUGUCGUCUGGUGUUAAAAACAAGGUGAUAUAUUGCACAAGCCUGAGUUGGAGUGCUGAUGGAAGCACAUUAUUCAGUGGAUAUACAGAUGGCAUUGUCAGAGUUUGGGGAAUUGGUCGUUAGAAUCUGUAUUCUAGUCCACGAAUUACAGAGUGUAGUACUUCCUCAUAGUCUGAGUUAAAUUUUUGGGAAUGAUAUUUGGAAUCUCUAUCUCGGAUGGCUUUGAGGCCUCUGCUAUUUUGGUUUUUGGAUAUUUUAUGAGUUGUUAUAUUUGCUUUUGACUAUAAAUCUAGUUAUGCUUGUGUAUUUUUUUUUAA